UCAUCCACCACAAACCCAAUUUUCAUUCAGAAGUGAACUAAGUUUAUCACUUUCUUUCUUCAAACACCUCACCACUCACCACUUUCCAUGUAACGCACUCAAUUUUUAUUUAAAUAAAUAAAUUUUGUUUUACAAAAUUUUAAAUAAAAUCUAUCCUUCACAUUUCCCCAAUCCAAUCUCAAUCCUCCCCAAUUACAAACCCUAACCCUAGCCUUUCAAAUCUCCUGAACCAUGAAAGUUCAUCCAUCUCCGUCCAAUCGAAACAUCACACUCCGUUACGACACAACCGCCGCUAACGGCCGUCAAAAAAAGCUCCGGCGACUCCCACACAUCUUCGCUAAAGUCCUGGAGCUCCCAUUCGCCGAUGUGUCGGUUCAGGAAACCGCUAAUUCCUUCAGAUUCGUCGUCGAUACGGACGAUGACGUCGGCUCUGACGUCACGGCUCACACCAUUGAGAUUGUUCCAGGUGUUACUAAAAUUGUUGUUAGAGGUGUGCGUUUCAUCGCUGAUUUUGCGAUUAAUGAAGUGGAGCUCAAGGUGUGGCGGUUUCGACUUCCGCCUGCUACGCUGCCGGAGCUUGCGACGGCCGUUUUUAGUGACGGAGAGCUGGUGGUUACUGUGCCCAAAUCAGAAUGAUGUUUUUAGGAAGACGGUAACUGCUUCUUCAGUUGUUUGCUCUUCUUGUACAGCAAUAAUAAUAAUAUUAAUAAUAAUAUGUUGAUUUGAUGGUAGAUUUAUUUGGCUAAAAGUGUUUGUGAUGAUGCAUCAAGUUGUUUUUGGUGUUCAAAAUCCCAAAUUUGUUGUUAUUUCUUUGUGAUUAGGAAUUAAAAGGUAGGUUUGUUGUGGGAUUA